CUGCUACACCAACCAGCAUGACUGUUGGUGCUUUUUCGGAAUGGCGCAAGCUUCCAGUGAGCCUGAGUGAGCUAUGCAUCAACACGACUCUUCGGUGUGGUCAAUCGUUCCGAUGGCAUAAUGUCCCCGAUAGCGACGAAUGGCGAUGCGUGCUCCACGGGAAACUCCUCUCCUUGAAACAAGACUCUACCUGUCUCUAUUACAGAACCUACCGCCCUUCAAAGUCAGACAGUACCGACAACGACGACACAACCACCCUCAACCUAAUCAAACACUACUUCAAUCUCACCGCGAACCUAACAGACUUCUACGCGCAGUGGUCCUCACAAGACCCGAAUUUCAAAAAGAAAGCUCCCCAGUUCACCGGGAUCCGUAUCCUCCGCCAAGACGCGUGGGAAGCGCUCAUCUCCUUCAUCUGCAGCAGCAAUAAUAACAUAUCGCGCAUUUCGCAAAUGGUUGAGAAGCUUUGCUUACAUUAUGGACCAUUCAUCGGGACGAUCGAUGAUCGCGCAUAUCAUGACUUCCCAACUCCCGACGCAUUGACUGGUACAGAGGUUGAAGGUCGCUUGCGCGGGCUAGGAUUCGGGUACCGUGCCAAGUAUAUUUACCAGACGGCGCUUAUUGUCGCGAAAGAGCGGGAGAAGGGCUGGUUGAAUGGACUAUGUAACCCGGAGUCGCCAGCCUUUGGGGUUAAGCCUGGAUUCGGGGGUGAGAUGAAACCAGAAGGAAGAGAUGGUUAUCGGGAGGCGCAUGAGAAGUUACUUGAGCUGCAAGGCGUCGGGCCAAAGGUUGCCGACUGUGUUUCCCUGAUGGGGCUGGGAUGGGGAGAAUCCGUGCCCGUGGACACACAUGUAUGGCAAAUCGCCCAACGAGACUACAAAUUUGGCAAAGGCGCACACAAAACCCUCAACAAAACAACAUACGACGCCGUCGGCAACCACUUCCGCAAAAUUUGGGGCAAAGAAGCUGGUUGGGCACAUAGCGUCCUGUUCACGGCUGAUCUCAGGACAUUCUCCGAUCGACUUGCCUCAUCGAAGAAGUCCAAGGUGGAGGUCGAUGUCAAGGUAAAGGAGGAGAAAACUGAUGAUAUGAAAGUUGAGACCAAGGUUACGACUGCCGUUGCGGUUAAAAGGUCUGCUAGCGAGGAUGGCGAUGAGAAGGUCAAGGUCGAAGAUGAUGUGACAAAGACAAAGGAGGAGCCGAAUGGCAUUGUCAAUGCUUCGCAAACGACAACGAGGAGGAUGUCGAAGCGGCUUCGGAACUGCUGAUCUGAUGCUUGUUAGAUAGUAUUUAAUGCACAGUAUACCCCUUCAUCUAUUUGGAUAUGGACUUUGUUAUCUUGGAAAAACAAGCACUUGGAUUAGUAUGCUUUCUCCUAUUCUGUAUAUACUCGAGCCACAACACACAUUACCUGGAAUUCAAUCAACCAGAC